UGACAUUUAGAAACGUGUGGAUUAAAUAAAUCCUAUGUCAUUUAAAAUAAAGAAUUCAAAAAAAUUUAAAGAAAAAUCAGUUUUUUUUCAAGAUUAGACGAUAUAACUCAAAAUAUGGAUGUAGAGGGUACCUCUUCGUCUGUUAAAGGAGAAUUAUUUGAAUCAGAAAAAUGGGUAAUGACAAAAAAUGUAAAAGGAGCUGUUAAAGUGGCUACUUGUGAGGCAGACGAAACUCAAUUAUAUAACAAAACAAGAGACUGGAUAGUUACUGAAGAUGAAAAGGAUCCAGAAUAUGGUCCAAAAAGUAAUCCAAAAUAUGAACAAACUCCAAUGACUUCUAAGAAUAUUGGAAGAUUUUUCAUCCGUGAUUUACUUACUGCUGAAAAAGUCGCUGAAAAUGCUUUUGUUUGUAAAGAUAUUACCUUUUCACAAGUACUUCUAUGUGGUAAUGUAGUUAAUAAAUAUGAAUAUUCUGAGCAUUACUUUAUAGAUGUUGAUGAUGGAACCAGCGCCAUCAGAUGUAUUAUUGGUGUAAAUGAUUUAAAUAAACUAAAAACAUUAGAUAGUGAUUUAGAGACCUGUAAAGAAUGGUUGCGAAGAAGUACAACAAAGAAGACUCCUUUGGUAAAAGGAGCGCAGAUCACCUUGUCCUCAAUUAAUUAUUUACAGAAAGCUAUUCCAACCUUUAAUGAAAUUGAAUUAGGAGAUACGAUUAAAGUAUAUGGGCGUUUAAAAGAAAAUUCUUAUGGCAGAAAUGUAUUUAUUUCGAAAAUAUGGAUGGAACAGAACAAUCCUUUAGUUUUUAAUAAGUAUUUGGAAGAAAUGAUCGAUGUAUAUGAAAAUCAUUACAAUAUUCGAUUUAAUAAUCGUUUCGAUUAACUAACCAAAUCGAAUUCUAUUAAUAAAAAAGGUCGAUAUACAGAAUUCAACACCAGAGUUAACAGGUUUCUUGUAAUAGUAAUGCCGAGAUCAAUCGGCUGUAAUAUGUUGUGAUUUGUCAAGCAUGCAUACAAAGACACUAUACAGGGUUGCGAAAAAAUUUUUCCUGUUAUAUUCCCUAUACCUAAAUGCCAUAAUUUCGGAUUUAUGGCUACAUUUAUUUAAAAAAAAAAAAAGAAUGUGUGUGUACUUUGUACGCACGUAAGAAGAUAUUCUUCUAUUAUAUAGGUAAUUUAAACGAAGUAAAUAUACUUAACAGGUUAUUUGUAUUUUAUUUAAAAAUUAAACUAACUUUCUUAUCUACCACUUUCAAAAAAUUUUUAUUAAAAUAACGAAAAAUAAAAAAAAGUAUGAAUCGUCCAGGAUUAGAACCCGCGACCUUCCGUGUGCUUCCGUUCUCUGUCCCACCGCUCUGCCAACUACGCCAUCGAGCCACUUUAAAUGACCCGUAUGUUUCGGAUAUAAUUACACAACACGGCGACAACAAUAAUACAUUUCCUAAAACCACUAAUAUAUUCUUUUAAUGACUUAUUUGCACGGUUACAGAUACAUACAUACCUAUCUUGAAAGAUUAGCAAUGAACUACAUACUGUCAGUGUGCGCAGGCGCGUGGUUCAUGUACAAUUUUACCCUCAAACGAUUCGCCGCUAAAGAAGAAUAUCUUCAAAAACAUUUUUAAACAAAUUACAAAACUCAAUUUUUUCGGCCCGGGUAGAUAUUAUUUUAGGUUCAUUGGAUCAUUUGAAACAAAAAAAGUCUUAUGUAGUUUUCCUCUAAAGUUAAUCGUUUCCGAGUUAUAAACAAUUUAAAACUGAAAAAAUGGAAAAAUUACGAUUUUUUAGGCUCAAAAACACAAGUAAAAAUACGAUUUUUGAAACUACGAAGUACCUAAAUUCAAGUUCAAACCUUAUUUUAUCAGAUACCGAUAAGCAAUUUGGUAUUGUUUUAUUUUUUUCUAUUUUAUAAUGGCUUUGGCUUAGCCAAUUAGCCAAACUAUUUGUUUUUUGUAUGGUAUUACAAUAACAAUUAAUUUAAUUAUCUAAGCCUACUUAUAAUCUAAAUUUACAGUGUUUUAUAUUCAUUUUAUUUUAAAAUUAUUGUUUAUUAGUUGUGAAUGCAGCCCGAUCGCCCGUCCUCUCAUAUUAUGCGCUUUAUUAAUAAUUAAAAAAAAAACAAUGUUUUACAAUAAAACGAGCCAAAAACUCUUAUAGGUAGCUGACAUAAGAAGGUUUGAGCUUGAAUCUGAGUAUGUACCUUGUUAUUUCAAAAAUUAUUUUUUUUAAUUGUGUGUUUGAACCUUAAAAAUCGUCAUUUUUCGUUUUUUUUUUCAGUUUUAAAUUGUUUAUAACUCGAAAACGAUUAACUUUAGAGAAAAGUUAAAAAUGACCUUUUUGUUUCCAAUGAUCCAAAGAACCUAAAAUCAUGUCUAGGCGUGCCGAAAAAAAAAAUGAUUUUUAUAAUUUGUUUAAAAUUUUUUUUUUUGAUAAAUGUAGCAAUAACUCCGAAAUUAUGGCAUUUAGGUAUAGGGAAGAUAGCACGAAAAAUAAUCAGUAUUUCUUAAAGAUUUUAAAACGCAAAAAAUAUACAGGGUGUUUCAUUUGAAAUAAGAAAGUUCAGUAGAUUUCCAGAAAAACGGAAGAUUUGGCAACAGUGUAAUUAUCACUAUAAUAUCGGCCGCAUUAGAAGACCCUUACCCAUCAAAAUUUAUAAAAAUCGUUUUAGUGGUUUCCGAGAAAUUACCGUGUUGCCAGACUUUUUCGCAACCCUGUAUAUACUAAUAAGACAUGUUUUUUUAUAACAUCAAAUUGCGUUUAAUAGGUGAAGAAUUAACGAUCUACAGACAUAGUUUUAUGUCUUUUAUUUCAUAGAGAGAAUAAUUUCAAAAAGUUAUUUUUAUACAUUUUGUUUGGACUGAUUUUUCUGUAAUCUUUGUUAUUUACAUUAUAUAGCUAUUAUUUUCUAGAUAUCUAAAUAUAAUUUCCUUAUAAAGCAUCGAAUCUGAUAUAAUAAUUUCUGUCUUAACUGUUUACUGUCUUAACUGUUGCUUUAAUAGUAGCAUACUAUUAAAUUUUUAUACAUUUUUAUAAUAAAAAAAAAAUGAUUG